UACGCCCCCACCUGCUCUCCCACUUAUUCUGGCUGCUUUGCGGAGAGGAAUGAAUAGAAGAGUGAACAAUGAAACCCUCAGCGAACAUGAGCAAGAAACAAACGGGCUGGCCACACGGAUGGGCAUGCACUAUCCACGACUCUCCCAUUAGGCAGAGAAGCGGUGAAUCCAAUGAGUCGAUCCUUAUCACAACCACUUCUAUUCUCAACAGCUAUCGCCGUCUGGCCCAGAGCUGGGCACACGCAUGAUUCCGCAACCGCCAGAAUCAGGUCAGGUCAGCAAACAACGCGCAGGAGCCACACCAGUUCCGUGCCUUCACCAUCAUCCACUCAUUGAUCACAUGGUCGGUCCUGCGCACUUUUCCAGCCUGCCAACUGCCCUGCACUCGAUCCUGCCGCACCUCAUACGCCUGUAGCCAAGCCACGCCUGUGCUUGAUUUGCUUCUUCUGCUUCUUCCCUCCCUCUCGAUUCUCCGUCGCCCGCUACUCAACUGGUGUGUCUGUCUCUAGGCCUAGGCCCUUCCGACUGCCCAACUCUCGCUCAAGCGCUGGCACUCGACGGACCCAGUGGCGUCAAAAGGGCAGGCAAAAAGGAUCAUCCUUGAAUUAACAAGAAGAGAGUCCCUGUGCGCACGCACCCACGCACCCACGCAACACCACGCAACCCAACGACCUCCCCGAACCAAUUUAGUUGUCCAGCCCCCCGUUGACCCUGGCGUUUUUUGCAACGCGCUGCCGUGGUGCUGUGCUCUUUAGUACCCGCUUGACCCCAGACCCCGCGUACCCAUCAUACUUAUCUUGCUAGCUGGACCCCAUCUACUCCCUCUCUCUCUUCAUCGCUUCCUUCUUCUUUUUCUUUCUUCCCAGAUUUCUCUUCCGACUCACUCCGACUCUGCCUUGUGCUUUGAGCAUCAGAGGAGUCUUUUGAGGAAAAAGACAGAGAGAGACCGACACCUCGGGGAUUGCUGGUUCCGCAUUCUGACGACUGCUGCCAUCUUGGGUUUUGUAAAUCAUGUCGUCCACUGCAGCUCAAGCGGCGCCCACCGCUGCCCCUCAGGGUGGUGUGUUUGAUCACAUCAGUCCUGUUCAUGUGGAUCCUAAGAAUCCCAUCAUUCUGUUCAUUAUACAGGUCUCCAUCAUCGUCAUCUUCUCCAAAAUGAUCGAAUUCCCCCUCUCCAAGAUCCGCCAGCCGCGCGUCAUUUCCGAAGUCAUUGGGGGUAUCGUCCUCGGACCGACAGUAAUGGGCCGCAUCCCAGGCUUCACAAAGACCAUCUUUCCCGAAGCCGCAAUGCCCAAUCUCAACCUCGUCGCCAACCUCGGCCUUGUUCUCUUCCUCUUCAUCAUUGGCCUCGAAGUCGAUCUGCGCUUUUUGAUUAGCAAUUGGAAGGUGGCGCUCAAUGUUGGUAUGGUCAGUAUGAUUGUGCCCUUUGCAUUGGGUAGUGCGCUCGCGGUGGGACUGUAUAAUCAGUUCAAGCAUGAGCGGGGGGUCGUGGAGAUUGAUUUCCCCGUCUACAUGCUGUUCAUUGGUGUGGCUAUUUCCAUUACCGCUUUCCCCGUGCUCUGCCGUAUCUUGACCGAGCUGAAGCUCCUGAUGACGCCCGUCGGAGUCAUCGUCCUCGCUGCUGGCGUGGGAAACGACGUCGUGGGCUGGAUCUUGCUGGCGCUCUGUGUCGCCCUGGUCAACGCUAAUAACGGACUAACGGCGCUCUGGGUUUUGCUGACGUGCCUGGCAUUUAUCCUGUUCCUAGUCUAUGCUGUACGCCCACCAUUCGUCUGGAUCCUCCGAAAGAACCGUGCUCUCCAGGAUGGCCCCAGUCAAGGUAUGAUUGCUCUCACGCUCUUGAUCUGUUUGGCCAGCGCCUUUUUCACCGGAAUCAUCGGUGUUCAUCCCAUCUUCGGUGCUUUCUUGGCUGGUCUAAUCUGCCCUCACGAGGGUGGCUUUGCCAUCAAGGUUGCUGAGAAGAUUGAAGAUCUGGUUGGAGCUUUGUUCCUCCCACUGUACUUCACGCUAUCUGGUUUGAACACCAACAUCGGACUUCUCGAUAGCGGCAUUGUUUGGGGAUAUGUCGUUGCCGUCAUCGUUGUGGCUUUCUUCUCCAAGUUCGUUGGAGCUUCCGUCGCCGCCCGCUUUACUGGCAUGCUUUGGCGGGAAUGUUUUGCCAUUGGAUCCUUGAUGAGUUGCAAAGGAUUGGUCGAACUCAUCGUCUUGAACAUUGGCCUGAAUGCCAAAAUCCUCAGUACGCGGGUAUUCACCAUCUUUGUCGUCAUGGCUCUGGUUACCACUUUCAUAUCCUCACCCUUGACAAUGUACUUUUACCCCGUGUCGUACCAGAAAAAGGUGGAAGCUUUCAGGAGAGGUGAGAUUGACUGGGACGGUAAGCCUCGGGAUGGAGCCGAGAGCGUUGUCGAUGCGCCAUCCUACGACAAAGUAUCUGCCCAGAAAGUCAAACACUUGACUGUGUACCUACGUCUGGACAGCAUGCCCAACCUUCUCGCCUUCACGUCUCUGUUUGGUGGGCGGUCUUACCAACCCACCGAGAAGCGGCAUCCAGCAAUUGAGCAGGCAUCCAGCAAAGAGACUGGCGGCUCCUCAAAGCAAGAUGAGCCUCCCAAACGCGCUGUUGAAGCAUACGGUCUACGUCUGGUCAACCUGACGGAUCGUGGCUCUUCCGUCAUGGCCGUGUCUGAAAUCGAAAGCUAUACCGCAUACGAUCCUGUGGUCAACACUUUCCGGACUUUUGGGCGUCUGCACAAUCUCGCCGUUAGUGGAGAGGUUCUUGUCGUGCCCGAGUCGUCGUUCGCCGAUACCAUCAGCACACGCGCGUCUGAGUCUGACCUUUUGUUGCUUCCUUGGAGCGAGACUGGCGGUAUGAGUGAGCAGACCAUUAUUGAAGACAAGGGCACAAAGAACAAACUCGCAGCGCAUUCAUACAUCAGUUUCGUCAAUGAGACGCUGGAACAAUCCACCAUCCCAGUCGCCAUCCUCAUCAACAAGAACUUCGGCGGCAGCAAAAACAAGACGGGCAAAGACCGAAACAAACUCACACGAACCAUCAGCAGCGUCAGCCUCGCCAGUUCCCGAAGCAAAGAAUUCUCAGCACCCAUCGCAGACCGCAGCCAUCACAUCUUCUUUCCCUUCUUCGGCGGCGAAGACGACCGCACAGCACUCCGCCUCGUCCUCCAGCUCGCCGAGAAUCCAGAAAUCACAGCAACAGUCGUGCGCUUCGACAUCCCCGGCACGUUCCUGGAAUCAAGCUCCUCCUCCAGCGCCGGUCCCAAACCCCAGAACGCCACUAUAACUACCGAUGCCAGCGCGUCCAGCAGCAACGGAGCAGACGCCGGGUUCUUCGCCUCCAUCAGCGCAUCCGUCCCCACGGAACUCUCCUCCCGCAUCGUCUUUGAGACCGUGACCUCGGACACCCCGCUCAAAGACGUCAUUGCGCGCGCGAGCAUCGAGCUCGGUCAGAACCCGAAGAACGCGGGCGAUCUCAUCGUGCUGGGCAGAAAUCUCGCCAACACCAGUCUCACGUCUGCGGCUGAGGCCGAGGCUAUUUUCCACUCGCUUUUACCGUCUGUUGCGUCGUCUCUCGGCGUGCUGAGCGAGAAGGUUUGGGAAAGUAAGUUGGGGGCUAGUGUACUUGUUGUCAAGGCGGGGAGGAGGUAG